UUUCAUUUAUCCCUUUUCAGAUGUAUCGAUCACUAGCAGUGGUCCUGGCUUUGGCCGUUACUGCGUUUUCAGCAGAAAUAUCUUCAUCUUAUGCCUUGUUAGAAAAACAAGCUGCAUUCCAACCUGAACUAAAAACUGAACACAGAGACCAUCCCGUACAUGAAGAUAAUGCUGAACAUCCAGUGUAUAGACCAGAAGACGGGAACAGAGGCAGAGCAAGGAUUGAACCAGUGAAGCCGUUUGGACCGGUCAUCAAACAUGAUGCUAUGUUAUCUGAUCAACCUUCUGCUUCUACUGAAGUUAAUAGACUUGGUUCAGAUGUUGGUAUUCUUGACAAUGGAUACGUCCCCGGUACCGCUGAUGUAGCUUAUCCUGACAUUCCAUACGCUCCGGGCUACCCUUAUGCGAUUGGCUACCCUGAAUCUAACAAUUACGAUUACCUAAUGGAGCCUGACACUUCUACCUUCGGUCUUCUGUGGAGUCAAAUGCCUUACGCUAGAACUAUGGUCAGCGCUGUCGGUCACACCAUCACCUGGAUUUUCAACAGCAUCUUCAUUCUUAUCAUCGGUUCUCUCCUGACAGUCGGUGUUUGUACUUACACGAACUUAUGUUCCAUCGCCUUCCAUGGCGUUGGACCUAUCCAUGAAGAAAUGAGAUCUCUUAUGAACCCAGAAAAGUUGGAAAAGAUUAUUCACGCAGCAGACUUCGUGAAGUCGGCUAUAGACAAAUAUCAGAAGAUACAAAAAGUGAACGAUGCGGCUGGCAUGAGGAGACGUCGGGCCAUAUUUAAUUACUAAGAAUGAUUUAUUUUCAAAUUAU